GAAUCUAGAUUUCCGAUAAGAAAGAUAAGAGCUAAUUCCGUUGAUAUAUACCACGAUGACAAUGUUUCCCGCAACUUUAGCUGUGGUGUGCCUCUGUGUCAUCGGCAGUGUCGUAACACAAACAUGUGAUGAUAUCGAUGCCAGCGUUUGUCUGGCGUUCAAUAAUGAAGAAGACAUAUGUUCCGACCAAUGUCUAUCGAAGUUAUGCCCAAGAACAUGUAGAAAAUGUCCACUGAAAUGUUAUCACUGUGAUUCUGUAUCCAACGUAAAUGAUUGUAACUCUACCAUGGAAUGCCCCGCAGAUAGCAAGUGCAUUGUUAGUGAAUCCCUAGCAGCCGACUUUAGCAUGACUUACCGAUUAGGAUGUGCAACCAAUGACGUGUGUGUGAGAUUAUUUGGAUCGAGUCCGGACGGAACCUCAUUAAUAAUUGGACGAAGGUCAUCUGAAAGGAGAGCCAGUUUAAACGGUGACUGCUGUAACACAGACCUAUGUAACAAACACAAACCGUCACCGCCAAGUGUUCGACGUCAAGCGGUGACAAACCUCACGACAACCACGACUGAAACCAUGACAACCACGACUGAAACCAUGACAACCACAGCAUUCAUCAACUCGAAGUGUGCAGACAUUGAUACAGCGGCCUGUCUGAGGUUGUCUGGUCUGAAUAAAGGCAUGUGUAGUGAUCCCUGUGUAGUACAGGCCUGUCCUAGAACAUGUGGCCAGUGUUCAGAGUGUUAUUGGUGCAACCAUGUUAAGAAUCCAGAGCAAUGCAACCAGACAACUCACUGUGAGACAGGAGAGAACUGCUACGUGUUGGCGACGUUGUCUUCCAAUGGAGAGCAUACAUACAAUGUUGGCUGUAUGAACCAGAACGUCUGCAAUCAGUUCCAUACUCAGGCUAGUCAUGUCUUUGGUAAGAGGGCUGAUCCUGUGGAGCUGUCACUAGAUGGCGAUUGUUGUUCUGGAGAUCUGUGUAAUCACCACGCUUUGUCCCACAUCACUUCUACAACUACAGCUGCGCCAAUAGAUAUGUGUGCAUAUACAGCAGCACAUCACCACUGCCCCACGAAUUUCCACCUAGUGGAUGGUAAAUGUUACAUGAUUGGAACCAGCACCCUUAACUACGAUGAUGCCUCAAACUUCUGCAAAACCCAUUGUUCCAAACUGGCAGAGAACUUGUCCCAUGGAGAUUACAGAGCACUUUCAAUGUGGGUCAAUGAAGACUACGUGUACAUUGGAGCCAAAGAUCCACGCAGAGAUGGCGAGUUUGUCUGGAACACAAGUGGUAGACAUGCCGCCUCUUACGAUUUCGUUGGGUCUUUCUUAGGUUUCCAUAAUUCCAAAACAUGUGCAAGUUUUUCCAGUCGACGUGCAGGACUUCAUGCUGAAAAUUGUUCAAAUUUAAGGAAACCUCUAUGUCAGGCUCUUAUGAAAUAAAGUUACGCAGUAUCAA